AUGGAGCUUAAAGAUAAACUCCUUCAAAAUCCCAAUCUGAAACAGUUGAAAAUAGAAGCAAUAGCUCGCAUGAAGGCUCGUGACGUUAAAGAUAUUAAAACAAGUCUCAAAAAAUACAGCACCAACAAUGCUCCGUAUCCGUGCUGGGUUAGCAUUCCAUACCCGGAUUCUGAUAAGAAAUUGGAGAUGUUGGUGGAGAAGAGGAUCAUAUGGUUUAAAGGACCGUAUUAUGUGGAGAUAGAGGUUGAAGAUAGUAGUGAUGAGGAUGAUGAGAAUGACGAAGAAGAGAGUGAUGAGGACGAUGAAGAUGAGAGUGAUCAUUAUGAAGAUGAGGAAGACGACGACGAAGAUCAAGAAGAGGAUGAAUAUGAGAUGCUGCAGCUAAACGCUUUGAAAUUGUGA